AUGUUGAAUUACGAAGUCGACGACAUUGAUUCAGGAAGGAAGGAAAGUAAUAUGGAAUUAUACUUCUUAUUCACGUUAAUAACGCUGCAGUUUUUUAAUAUUGUUUAUCAAUAUCGAAGAUUGAAUGAAUUGUUUGGGUUUGUUGUUCGUCGUUGGUGGGUCCGACCCCAUAUACAGGAUGCUGUGCGUGAACUUUUCGGAGCAUACGAAGCACUUUUUCGAUACUAUGCCGAAAACGAUCAAGAGGAAUUCGUUAAAAUGACCAGAAUGACACCAUGGGAUUUUGAAGAACUUCAUAAUAUUGUUGGACCUCAUCUUCAAAAAUUUAGCUUUCGUCGCCCAUUACCAACAAGAUUGCGUUUAGCUUUGUGUCUAAAUUUUCUAGCUCACGGCGAUAGUGUAGCAACAACUAGACAGUUUUUUCGUAUUGGGCGUUCUACAACGUAUGCUAUUAUCGCGGAAAUAUGUCCGAUUAUUUGGAGAGAACUUUCGCCUCUCGUCCUAAGAAGAAAAACCCAGCGCGAAUUGAAAAUAAUCGCUGGUGGUUUUCGUGCUAAGUGGGAUAGGCCAAAUUGCGUAGGAAUCGUAGAUGGAAAGGAAAUUAGAAUCAAAUCACCACCGCAUUCUGGCAGCCUUUUCUUUAAUUAUAAGAAGUUCUUUAGUUUUAAGCUCUUAGCUGCAUGCGACGCAUACUAUAGAUUCAUAUGGAUAGACGUAGGAGAUUAUGGAUCUGUCAGUGAUACAUCAGCAUUUAAAAAUACUUAUUUUCACUACUGCCUAGAGCGCAAUGAGGCAGAUUUUCCUCCAGAAUGUCGUCUGCCGAGAUCAAAUAUCAUCAUGCCUCAUUUUCUUAUAGGGGAUGAAAUUUUCCAACAGCAAACAUACAUGAUGGUUCCGUUUGCCAGACAUCGUGGCCUUACUGAAAGAUUAUCGAGAGCCCGCAACUGUAUUGAGGACGCCUUCGGGAUUCUGUGCUCGAUGUGGCAAAUUCUCCACAAAAAAUUAUCAUUCAAAUUGGACACAUCAAUAGCAAUUGUGGAAGCACUUGUGUGCCUGCACAAUUUUAUUUUAAAUAAAAAAUUAGAACGAGGUGAAAAUUUUGAAUGGGAUAGAAGUACUUUUCAUCGAAUAAAUCCUACAGUAGACCCUGACAUCGAGGAGGACGUAAUUCCCCAAAAUCGUUUUGAAUUUCGAGAAAGACUAGCAGAUUACUUUCAAUCAGAGGCGGGUGCUAUCUACUUCAACUAA